CUUCACCUUCAUCUUAUAUAAUUUGUACGAUUAGCCAUAGCACUCUCUGUUCAUCAUCUCUUUCUCUUUCUACCACAAUCAUAGAUACGAAACUAUUCAAGAUGACACAAAGGUUGGAAGCGGAAGGGGAAAAGAAUCCACAAACCCAAUAUAAUUGGGAUGAUGGAUCAGACCAUGAUGGUGUAACAAAGAUAUAUGUACGAGGUGAUCGUGAAGGCAUACAAUUCAUCAAGUUUGGCUAUGUUGGGACCGGACAACUGAUAGAUGAAUCAUUCCAUGGUUUCUCAAAUCAAUGUUUCACACAGAUGUUUGAGAUUAACCAUGCUGACAACGAAUAUCUACUGUCUAUUGACGGUUACUACAACGAGACUUCCGGUGUGAUUCAAGCACUUCAGUUCAAAACCAACAUGAAGACUUCCGAAAUGAUGGGAGGCAAGGACGACGACGAUGAUGAUGAUGGCGAAACGGGUACAAAGUUUUCACUUGGAUGCAACGGUCAUAAGAUCAUUGGAUUUCAUGGAUAUGCCGAGAAGACGCUAUAUUCCCUUGGAGCAUAUUUCACAUCACUUCCUAUAACUAAAUUGGAAUACAAAGAUAGUGCUAAAAGAGAACUUUACGAUAAUGGUAAUUCAGGCUACCUUUGGGAUGAUGGUACUUUCCAAGGAGUAAGAAAGGUGUACGUUUAUUAUGAUGGUCUUUAUAUAAGGUGUGUGAGGUUCGAGUACGAUAACGGUGGCAAAGUGGAAUCUCGUGAGCACGGGGUAAAAGCUUUAUCUGACGUACAAGAAAGAGAGUUUGUCCUGGACUAUCCAAAUGAAUCUCUCAUGUCCGUGAAGGGAACUAGCACACGAGUUUAUAUUGAAGGUGAUCGUACGGUGAUUACAUCGUUAAGUUUCAAAACAUCUAAAGGGAGGACCUCUCCGACAUUUGGAAAUGAGUUUUGCAGGAGUCCUGUUGAAUUCGAGCUUGAAAAGAAAGGUUGUGCUAUUGUUGGGUUCCAUGGACGGUCUGCUUAUUAUGCUCUUCAUGCUCUUGGAGCAUACUUUUCCCCGGUUCCUCAUGCUCAAUAAAUGCUCAUAAUGGGGGGAAAACUAGAUGAACAAGGUGGUGAUGAUCAUGUUUUAAUAUUGUCUUUCUAUAUAUCUUGUACCUUUUGUUUUAAACUUCUGAUUAACCAGAAAGUUUUGGACCAAGGUCCAUAGUCUUCUUGGACCAAGGUCUAGAGCUUGGUUAAUUGACUAAACUUAUUUUGAAUAAACUUUACAAGCUUUAUGAGUCA